AUGCUUUUGAAAUUCGUACUUCAAUGUUUAUUUCUGCUUCCAUAUUUGAAUUCGAUCAAUACGCAAAAUACAAAUCCACCAGAAACUCACUGGGAUUAUCAACGAGAAGGACCUGAUGCAUGGCAUCAUUUAUUUGAUACAUGUGAAGGUGAAGCUCAAUCUCCGAUAGAUAUUCGAACACCUCUUGUUAAAUAUGAUUCAAGUCUUCCUCCACUUAUUCUCAAUGGCUAUGCAACUAAUAUGUCUUCGUUUCUAUGGAAUUUGACACACAAUGGACACACAAUUAUUGCUUAUCCGCCACCAUUAGCUCGUUUAUCAAUGAGUGGAGGUGGCCUAAUAGAUACUUAUUACCUAGUUCAAUUUCAUUUACAUUGGGGAUACAAUGCAUUUCAAGGUUCUGAACAUACGAUCAAUGGACGAAAAUAUCCUCUGGAAAUUCAUUUCGUUCAUCGUGCGCCAUUCACAGGAGCGUUCGCUGUUCUUAGUAUUAUGUUUGAUCGUCAACGCGAUGAUAAUAUACAUCUAAACGGUUUAUUAUCAGCUGUAAAUCGUACUGUCAAUUCAUCGAUUGCCAUUGAACAAUCGAUAGAUUUAUCUCGUAUUCUACCUACAUCUCCACCUCGCUUCUAUCGAUAUAAUGGCUCAUUAACUACUCCGCCAUGUACAGAAGGUGUUAUUUGGACAGUGCUUGCACGAACCAUACCUAUUUCAGCAUAUCAACUUCGUGCGUUCGAGAGCAAUAUAAUUCCGUUCAAUUUUCGACCUACUCAAAAAUUGCAUACACGUAAAGUUCUUGCCAAUUUUCGACCGGAUACUCAUGAAGGUGGCGAAGAGGGAGAAAGUGAAGGUGGACACCAUUCAUCAGCGUCUUCAAAUCAUCUUGAAAUAGUGCAAUUGAUUCUUUUAUGUUUUGCUUGUAUCGCUCCUAUUCUUCAAUAA